AUGAAGACGCAAGAAGCGACCGAAAAUUUUGUUGAGAUUUGGAGAAGCCAGCCCAGUUUGUGGGAUGUUAAAUCUCCUUUCUAUAAGGACAGAAACGAGAAGGCAAAAAGUUAUGAGAUAUUCAAAGGUAGACUAGGAAUGGAAGAGAAAGUAGUGAGGAGUAAAAUAAAUACACUGCGAAGUUAUUUCAGCGCAGAAUUGAAGAAAAUAAGCAACAGCAACAAAAGUGGAGCAGGACGAGAUGAUGUUUACGAAAGUAAAUGGCCAUACUUUCAGUCCUUGCUAUUCCUACGUGACUCCAUCGUCCCAAGAAAAACAACUUCUUCGCUGGUGGGUAUAAAUUUCAGACAAAUUUUUCUUGCCAUGGAACAGCACCGGUGGAGUUAA